AUGGAGGCAAAGCCAUCAGAAAUCCAAACAUUUCGUCUCUUCUCUUCAUCAGAUGACAAAGCUCGUUCUGGAUUAGGGUUUCUCGAUUCCCCAGAAAAGCCUCUCCCUCUUCCACCACCUUGCCUUGAAGUAUUUCCCUCAGAGGUUUCAUCAUCUGUGAAAUACACUGUAGAGCCCGUGAGUUUAGAUGGGCUUAUUUUGCUCAAGGGACGAGUGAGUACUCAAGAGGUUUUUUCACUGUCCAACUCAGAUUUAGUUCCGGGAAAAUAUGAAGGUGGACUGAAACUGUGGGAAGGUUCACUAGAUUUAGUUAAAAGUCUUUGCUCAGAAGUCCAAGUUGGGCAAUUAUCAUUUACUGGAAAGCGAGUUUUAGAGGUGGGACUGUACAAUUGA